AUGAAAAAACAUCCAAUUGAAUAAAUACAUAGUUCUGUUUAUGAUAAAGUUGUGAAAUCAUUAACUAUCUUUUUUAUGCUCAUAUCUUUGUUGAUCAGCAUUGGAUUGGAUAUAGUACAUGGUGUAGUUGAUUUUUAUUCAAAUGAAGAUUAGUAUUAAGCUCAAAAUGCUACAAUUGGAUAUAUCUCUGAUAAUCUAAUAUACAAACCAAUUAAAUAGUAUCAAAUACCUAAUAAUUAGAGUAUAUUUUAGAGAUUUGGAUUGUGAUUCAUCUGAAGAAAUUUAAUAAUUAUUUCCAUUUGCAGAAUAUAAUAUUACUAGAUGGUUUUCUUAAUUGAUUUGUGUAACUAGAUUUGUUGACAUAAGAUUGUCAACUGAAUGUUCAGAUACUGAAUAUAAUUGUGGUCCUUAUUGUAUUUAAACAAGCGAAGGCUCUUAGUGUCCUAUUUCAAAAUUGACAAUAAUAUAAAAUGAGAUUGUUGAUGAAGAUGCAGAUCAAAAUUUGGAGAGUAACAGAGAUUUGUAUAUCUAAAGAGAAAAUUCAUCUUAUGGAAUAUUUAAAAUUCAAGUUGUAAUAAGGGGAUAUCCAUGUCUAAAUCCUUUAAUUUAUAUUACAGCAGGAUUAACCAAUAACAGUGAAUACAUCGAUCCUGAAAAUUGUGAGGGCUCUGAUUUUGACACAGAUAAUAGUGUGAAAAUAGAAUAAACAACACUUUCAGAAUUUGCUAAGUAAGGCUUAGAAGCAUUAUCUUUUAAUGGUGUUCCUUCAUCUGUAACUAAUUCAGCAAUUACAUAUUUGACAGCAAGAGUACUUAAUAUAUUUAAUAAAGAAUAAAAUUGCUUCAAAAUCUGAAAAUAGAUGUACAUAGAUUGAUAACAAUAUGAUUAAUGAAACUAAGAAUUGUGAAGAAUCUAUAGAAGAAAUUGGAUUAAUUUAUGUAGUGAUAAAAUAAAUUUUUACUGGUUUUAUAGGAAUUAUUCUAAUAAUAGAAAUAUAUAUGCUUAAAUUCAGGAUAGUGAAUGAUAUUCGAAUAAUUACAGUAAUUUUAAAAAUUCUACUGAUAUGCCAAAUGUCAUUCAUAUUGAUUGAAGGUGGUCUAAUAUUAUAUUAGGAAAAGCUCAGAAGUGAUGCAGAACUUUAUUUUAGAUCAAUUGCUAAUUGUUAUACUUCUGACCAAAUUUAUAAUGUAUUUGCAAAUUUUCCCAACCUCUUCCCAGCAGAUGUCAAUACUUACAUUUCACUUAUUACUAUUUCGAUAAUAAUUAUAGCAAUCAGCGAAUUCAUCUUAAUUAUGAUGUUUAUUGUAUAGAUGUUCCAUUGGUGCUUCAAACAAAAGAAAGAAAAAUUGUAUAUACCUGAAUCAGAUACUUAAAGAUAGGCAAUUCCUUCAAAAGAAGAUAUUCAUCAUUCUGAAACAGGCCCUUACUAAAAUCCUUUAUCACCUUCAUCUAAAUUUCCUCCUGUGUAUUCAAACAUUUAAAAUAAUAUAAUUCAAAAUCAAAGCAAUCCAAUUAACUAUGUUAAUGAAUAUGUUCUUCCUAAUCAAUUUGUAGAUCCUACAUAUGUUCCACCGAAUUAAUUUGAAGAACCUGCAUAACCUAAAUUUUCAGAAAGCUACAUACCUCCUCAAAUCAAUAACAUUUAAUCAACUCUGGUAGUGGCAGGAAAAAAGAAUUCUAAAUAUUGAUAAAUUCAU